GUCACAAGGAUUAGGGUUUAAUAUCUCCAUCGUAUUCCCGCAGCUGCCGAGGCGACGCAGAAAGAAAACCCUAGCGUGAUUCAAGAUGGGACACUCGAACGUCUGGAACUCUCACCCCAAGAACUACGGCCCGGGUUCCCGCACUUGCCGAGUGUGUGGAAACCCUCAUGGGUUGAUCCGGAAGUACGCGCUGAUGUGCUGCAGGCAGUGCUUCCGCAGCAACGCCAAGGAGAUUGGCUUCAUCAAGUACCGCUAAAUGGAGAGACUGCCUGAUUCAGAUUGGCCAUCAAGUUGUCUGAAGUAUGGAGCUCGGGAUCGGUUUCAUUGUUGCUGUACCUUUUCAUUUUCUUAUCCAAGACCAUAAUGUAGUAUAAUCUUAAAAGUUUUGACAAUUAGCUGUUGACUGAGCCGUUGUUGAAAUUAUUCGUAGAAUCGAAAUCUUGUUUUCCAGUGGGUAUUUCUCUCUCUCUUUGGUUUUAUCAUUCCUUCGUGGUCUGAGAUUUCAUUUAUCUUUCUAACUUGCUUCACAGGUUUUGAUUAGAUUUCAUUUAUCUUUCUAAGUUGGCUUGAUUCCAUACUCUGUUGUCAUUUUCUUGGUGAAGAAGAAUUUAAAACAAGAUGAGUCAUGUGCAAAGGUUACGCCCAUAAGACGGUCAGUUCAUGGUCAUGCAACUCACUCUCUGUUUGUUUCUCAAGAAAAUUCAAGGAAUUUACUUAAUAUCUUUCAAAAGCUACGUUUUUCCGAUCAUUUUCCUCUCUUUUCUCGGCGACCAAACAAGAAAUUAACCAAUUAACGGGGAAUUCUGUAUUAAUCAACCUAUAACAAACUUAAAAUAAUUGUUUAAGGGUGUUUUUUAUGGAGGCAGAUUGUUUACCCUUCAUAAAAUGUUAACGUGGUUUAACCGUGAUCGUCCAAAUAAAAAUGGAUGGGAAGAGCACUGUACCAUAACAGGAGGGCAGACAAUUUACCUCCGUUUUUUACCGUGCAAAUGGGGCUCUGCCAAAUGCCGCAGACGUGCCCAAAAGCUCACAUUCCACGGUAACCCUUGAACACCGAAGCCUUUAAAUUCCCCCACCCGAGAUUGCUUUCUUUCUCUGCCAGCAAAAACUCUUAAAUGCUCUGCUCUGUUAUUACUUAUUAGAAAGAAAACGCAGUAAAUGAAGCGUCAGUGACACCCACAUUAUCUCUUUUAUCACUCACUCACCACCGCAGAACAAACAACAAAAAAAGCAGUGCAAAAAGAAAGACAUGGGUUCUUCUUCUUCUUCUUAGCGCCGGAAUUCCUGGUGGUGGACUUCGUUGUUGUCUUAAAAUCUUUGGCGCGACGGCAGGCCUGGUAGUUGAGAGACCAAAAAAGAAGUAAAAAAGCACCAUGAAGGCUUCUGGAUUUUGGGUUUUGCCUUUUGUGCUCGGAACAGUUGUAGUGUUCUUUCUCAGUGUCUCCAGCUGCAGAAAUGGCUCCUUAUUUCCGGAUAGUCUCUUCAACGUCCAUGCUGGUGGGCCAAAAACGAUUGUUACAUACAGAAAGCUCAAGGAGAAUGGCUACGCUCCAAGGACACAGAAGAAGGGCAGUGCUGGCAAUGUGCAUCUGGAUGAUUACCGCCCUAUUGAUCCUUCUCCGAGUUCGAAAGCUUCCAUCAAACACGGUCCGAUCGAGCACGGUGCACCUAUAAUCCCGUACAUUCCGAAGCCUUCGCCUCCUGCUCGUCCCAAUCCCGGCGGUACUCCUUAGCCAGCUUUAGACCUGUUCCUUUCAUUACUAGAAUCUUGAUGUUAUCUGCAACUCGGAAGUUGUUUUUACAACCUUCCAUGCAUAUUUUGUGUGUAACGCUCUUGCACAUUUCAGACUACUUGUGUCGUUUUAUCAUCGUAUGAAUUUAUUGUGUCUUAUAACAGAAA